AUGUCUAAGCCCGAUCUUGGCCCCUGCCCUCCUCGCUUUGUUGAGAUCAAGAAGGACAUCGCGUCCUCCUACCCAGACUUCCAAGAGCGCGUCACCAAGGCGUGGAACGAGCUCUUAGCCGAGCUCGACACCGUCACAUCUGAGAUCGCUGCGCAAGGCUCUGACUACGUCCCUCAGGUCAAUUUCUCUGAGCUUGCAAACCUUAGCUCCGAGCGCAUUGAGGAAAUUAGGCGCAAGGGCAGUCUUGUCAUCAAGGAUGUGGUUGAUGAUGAAGAGGCAACGCAAUGGAGACAAUGGUUGCGGGAAUAUGUAACCAAGAACCCGAGUAUCGAUGGCUUCCCCGCCGAGGACAAGCAGUUCUUCCAGCUCUACUGGACACGCUCGCAAGUGCGUGCUCGUGCGCACCCGAAUGUACUUGCAGCUACGAGCUGGUUGAACAACAUGUACCACGUCCGCUCUGGUGCCCAGAUUGAGAACGUAGACCUGUCGACCCCUCUGAUGUACGCCGAUCGCUUCCGUAUCCGCCACCCGGGCGUGCAGUGGGAUGCUCACCCUCCUCACGUUGAUGGUGGCGGAAUCGAGCGGUGGGAAGACCCCACGUUCCGCCACUGUUUCGAGGAUAUCCUGAGCGGCAACUGGCGCCAACAUGAUCCCUAUGACCUGGAAGACCGUAUCAACGCACGUAGCUCGAUGUACGGCCGUGUUGGCCAGGCAACUAUCUUCAGAACUUACCAGGGUUGGCUCGCUGUGAGCGGCACCGCUCCUCAUGAGGGCACCCUCCAGGUAUUUCCUAGUGUCUACCUCUCGAACGCCUACACCAUCCUGCGCCCCUUCUUCCGUCCCAAGGAAGGUGCUGAGGACGUCAUAGAUUCUAAGAACUGGGAAUACGACAUCACCUCGUCUGACUUCCCGGGUGUUUACUCUACCGGAUCUGGCUUCCGCGGACCCUGGCCCAACACGAAGACCCACCCUCACCUCAGGCUAGAUGAGACCAUGGUCUCUGUUCCGAAGGUCAACCCCGGCGACAUGGUCUUCUGGCAUUGCGAUGUCGUGCACGCUGUGGAGAAGGAGCACAUCGGCAACGACGACUCUGCGGUGAUGUACAUUCCCGCCGUCCCGUAUACCCCUGCCAACGCCGACUACGUGGUCAGGCAGAAGGAAAGCUUCCUUCAGGGCAUCCCGCCGCCCGAUUUCCCUCGCGGCCACGGCGAGAUUGAUUACGCUGGCGUUGGCAGGCCGGAGGAUGUCGAGGCCCCCAUUGCGAAGAAGUCAAUGGGCUUCAUGAUCGAGGUCGCGUGA